AUGACAUGGCAAGAAUGUCAUGUGCAAGUGAAUAGAUACUCGAGCGCGUUGUACAAAUCUUAUGAUUCGUACGACGGGGCUGAAAAUGCAUUGCGCACAUAUAUUGACAAUGAAGAUCUAGUAAGAGAUGUCCAACGUGAAUGUGAAGUGACUGUCCAUGAAAAUCAACCACCGCAUAAUCUUCGUGGAGAAGAUGCAAUGGACAUUCCUCUAACAACCCCGAAAGUUGUUGGGUGUGAUGACCAGGUCGAGGGAGACUGUAAUGUCGGUAACUAUCUCAUGAGACUGCCUGCAAGUUGCAUUGAUCAAGUUGAUCUUGUCAAGAUUAUAUUUUUCUGGAAGAAGCAAUACUUCAGUAUAAAAGCUAUGUUGAAGACAAGGAUGUUUGCGUGGAACUCGACUGACUCGUGUGUCAUUGAUGAGGCAAACAAGUUUGCAAGAACACAUUGCAUUGACCCAUGUCCUUUGUUUGAAAAAAAGAUGGAGGUUUUCGACGUCGUGUCCCCGGAAGAGCGUGGGCUCCUGUUCGAGUGGUGA